UGAAGUGAAUAAAAUGGUUCAUGAAAACAGAAAGAGUUUGAAUGUUGAAUGCAAAUGAUGAAUAUAAUACAAGGCCUAGCAAAAUACUUAGACGCGGGGGAGAAGCACGAGCAAGUGGUCCCCAUCACGCUCUUCAUAGCAGUGCUCUGCCUUUGUUUAGUGAUCGGCCACUUACUCGAAGAAAAUCGGUGGCUUAAUGAAUCCAUCACCGCCCUUGUUCUCGGGAUUAUUGCAGGAGCUACUAUCUUAUAUUUCAGCAAAGGCCAAAGUUCUCGUUUACUGACGUUCGAUGAGAAUCUCUUCUUUAUUUAUCUUUUACCUCCCAUUAUAUUCAAUGCCGGAUUUCAAGUGAAGAAGAAGCAGUUCUUUCACAACUUCUUAACUAUUAUGCUCUUUGGUGUUACUGGUGUUUUCAUUUCUUCCUCCAUUGUUGCAGCUGGUAGCUGGUGGAUGUUUCCCAAGUGUGGAUUUCAUGGUUUGACCAUCCGAGACUAUCUCAGUAUUGGAACCAUCUUUUCCUCAACUGAUACAGUGUGUACACUGCAGGUUUUACACCAAGAUGAGACCCCUUUGCUAUACAGCCUAGUCUUUGGGGAAGGAGUUGUCAAUGAUGCAACAUCUGUAGUGCUCUUCAAUUCUAUUCAGAAGAUCAAUGUGGAUCAUUUUAAUGCCCACGCAGCUUUUACUCUCAUUGGAGAUUUCUUCUACUUGUUUUUUACAAGCACUUGUCUCGGAGUUGCUACGGGGCUACUCGCAGCAUUAAUUCUUAAAGGCUUGUACUUUGGCAAGCACUCAAGUGUUCGUGAAGUUGCUCUCAUGAUGCUAAUGGCUUAUCUUUCUUACAUGUUAGCUGAGCUAUUAGAUCUUAGUGGAAUUCUCACCGUCUUCUUUUCGGGGGUUAUUAUGUCUCACUAUGCAUGGCACAAUGUCACUGAAAGUUCAAGAAUUACUACCAGGCAUGUGUUCGCGACAAUAUCUUUUAUUGCUGAAACAUUUAUAUUUCUUUAUGUGGGAAUGGAUGCCCUGGAUAUGGAGAAGUGGAAAAUGAGUGUAUUGAGUUUCUGGACUUCGAUAGGCACGUACAGUAUUUUAAUCUUCCUGAUAUUAGUUGGCCGUGCAGUCUUUGUGUUUCCCCUAUCCAUGUUGUCCAACUUCAUGAAUCGUAGAGCACAGAGCACAGCAUCCAUCACAGUCAGACACCAGACAGUAAUUUGGUGGGCUGGGCUUAUGAGAGGUGCUGUAUCAAUUGCAUUGGCAUUUAAACAGUUCACUCAUGCUGGUGUGACACUGGAUCCCAUCAAUGCUACAAUGGUAACCACCACCAUUAUUGUCGUCCUCUUCAGCACAAUUGUAUUCGGUCUUUUAACGAAGCCUCUUAUUACUUGUCUGCUACCUCAUAGUGAUUCGAACAGCAGUGAACCAAGAUCUCCAAGAGAAAACAUGAGACUUCCUCUACUUUCAUUUGGUGAAUCAGCGACAACAAACAUUGAUCGAGCAAAAGAUAACAUAAAUAUGCUGAUUGAAAGGCCGGUGUAUACCGUCCACACUUACUGGAGGAGGUUUGAUGAUGCUUUCAUGAGACCUACUUUUGGCGGGCCACGUAGCACCGAUCCUUGUUAGGAGGGGAUUGGAAGCAAGAUAUUUUAAGAUCUGCUGUUGUGCAAAUGGUUUGGUGCAGGGUGAAGCAGUGAAUGAGAAGGCAAAGUUUUUUCUUUCCUUUUGUUUGCAAGGCAAUCUGCACCUAAUUUACUGUGCUUUUCUUCUUGAAUUAAAGGGCCAUUAUGGAUCAAAGAGCAUGCAAUUGACUCUCUGUGGAGCAAGAUUUUCAGAUUGAUAAUGCCAGUCUGUCAGUACAACCAUUGUUAAUAAAUGUAAUAGGAACGUUAUGGAAAGGUGGUUUUUUCUAGUUUAUGGGCAGGAUUGGGUCUACAAACAAUCGUUUG